AGAAGUGACCCAAGCAGCCUUAUCAUGAUCGAGAGUGAGAGAGAGCUGUCGGCCAUGGUGCAGGAACUGUGGGACAACGACGUCAACAGACUACGACCUGGAAAGGACUACAGAAUAUCCUUGCAGGGCAAAGCUGGAGACAACAUGGCCAUCAAUGACGAUGACAACGAUGGAGCGGGAUAUCCUCUGUUCAAAUUUGUCGAUGAGAAUAUUUUCCAGAAGGAGACCUUUUUAGCCUUUAUCUCCUUGUUGGAUAAUUAUGUGAGUGACACCGGGGAGCCAGAAAUUGUAACCCCUGAGGAGGUGGCGGAGAACCACAAGUUUCUGGACUCUAUUGUUAAGACUCCCACAAUGAAGAUAGCUCAUAAAUAUCUGGUGGAGAAGAAGCUCUCCCCACAAGAUGAGACACAGUUCAAGGAGCAGCUCUACAGAAUCUGGUUUGAGCUCUACGCAAGGAGAGGAUCCAGCAGGCCGGAUUCAUCGGGUUUUGAACACGUGUUUGUCGGAGAAACCAGAGGAGGGCGGACGGUCAUAGGAUUUCACAAUUGGAUCCAGCUGUAUCUGCAGGAAAAGCUGGGACACAUCGAUUACAAAGGCUACAGCGUCAACGCUAACUCGCCGCAGCCGGACGAGAACAAACACAUCUUGGCCCUGCAGUUCAGCUGGAAGAACGGCAUCAAGCCCAAAGGCAGCAUCUUCAUCGGCGUCAGUCCCGAGUUCGAGUUCGCUCUCUACACCCUGUGUUUCCUCAGCUCGCCCAAUGAGCGGGUCAAAGUCCAGUUCAGUUUCUAUGAUGUGGAGAUCGUGUGCCACCACUACAACCAGAAGCACAUAGGCACGACUUACCCCGUGCUUCUUAAGUACCAGAAAAACACUUAAUUUACAUUGACAGGGUGAGUUUACAUGCCAAAAAUG